GCUGGAUAGAUGAGUCGAGAGACGAGAUACGAUACAAAUAACAAUUUAAUAUAACUCUUAGCAGGAACAGGCAGGAACAGGCAGGAACAGGCAGGAACAGGCAGGAACAGAACGAUAAUCCACACACAUCCAAAUAACGUCAAGGACCGACAGCAAACUCAAAUCACAAGCAGACUUAUAAAGGGUGGUGAUUAAGACACAGACAGGUGUAGUAAAUAAACUAAUCAGGACAAAAUGAGGACAGGAAGAACCAAAUAUGGGCACAAUGGGAAAAACAAACAUAAACAGUCCAAAUGGCACACAGAACUCUGACAUUACUCCCCCCUCCCGGAAGGCGCGACCUCGCGGCGUGGAAAGGGAGUGAAAAUAAUAAAGUCAUUGUGGGAGGAGGCUCUGGUGGCGGACGGUCUUCCGGGAGGAGGACAAUAAACAAAGUCCAGGGUGGUGACGACGGAGGGAGGAGCCAGGGAGAACUCAGGAGGGACCCGGAGCAGGAGGAGCCAUGCGAGACCCAGACCACAGCCAUCAUGACGACCCACGGUGGAGCCGACGGAGGGAGGAGCCAUGGUGGAGAAAAGGCUGACGACUCCAGGGGGGCGACCGACGGAGGCGGAGCCGCUGGCGGAGGAGCUGGCGGAGGAGCCCGAGGCGGAGACGGAGAGCCGAAGAUCCAGGGCGACACCGAGGAUCCGGAGGGCCAAGGCGGAGCCCUAGGCUCUGGCGACCGAGGCGUAGGCGGAGAUCCGAAGGUCCGCGGCGGAGCCGGAGCGACAGAGGAUGGAGGCUGUGCCAGAGGGAGGAAGGAGGUCCACAGAGCCGGUGGGACGGAGUGACGAGGCGCAGCCGUAGGAACAGAGUCCUGAGGUGAUGAAGGGCCGACGACCGACCAGGGCGGAGCCGGAAAGACGAGGGAGCCCGGUGGAGCUGGUGGACCGAUGGGCGACGAUGGAGACGAGGGCGCUGAGAGCCGUG